AGCGCAGGCAGCCGAACCAGCUAGGUUUAAAAGUGUAACUUUUCCCACCAGAUACUGUAUCAGCAACACGAAUUCCCUCUGCGUGUAGGCGUAUGUCUACACCCCCUUCAGCAUGUACAAGUGACUGAGCUCAUUACGCUUCCACACUGCCUCCGCUUCAGAUUCGUUGGUGGACUGCCAGUCGCGGUUUCUCUGCUUCUCCUGCAUUUGCAGACUUCCUCACAACGGAGCCGAGCCAGCUUGGCAGUGAAUGAUUGACAGCUCGGAGGGACGAGAGCGAGCGCCGGCUUAGCCUGCAGCAUCGCCAUUGUUGCGGCCUCUCGGUCAGAGAGAGGGAGUCUCGGCCACCACACACAGCGUGACAGGCACGGGGAAUGUUCGCCGUUGCGGGAAUGACCGGAAGCAACAUGGCAAAUGCUCUGGCUAAUGCCAUGUGUGAGCGAUGCAAAAGUGGCUUUGCACCAGCAGAAAGAAUUGUGAACAGCAAUGGAGAAUUGUACCAUGAACAGUGUUUUGUAUGUGCUCAGUGCUUCCAACAGUUCCCAGAAGGGCUGUUCUAUGAGUUUGAAGGACGCAAAUACUGUGAACAUGAUUUUCAGAUGCUUUUUGCACCCUGUUGUCAUCAGUGUGGUGAGUUCAUCAUUGGCCGAGUGAUUAAAGCCAUGAACAAUAGUUGGCAUCCGGAAUGUUUUCGCUGUGACCUCUGCCAACAAAUUCUUGCAGAUAUUGGAUUUGUAAAGAAUGCAGGCAGACAUCUUUGCCGUCCAUGCCAUAAUCGUGAAAAGGCUAGAGGUCUGGGGAAAUAUAUCUGUCAGAAGUGUCAUGCUAUUAUCGAUGAACAACCACUUAUAUUCAAGAAUGACCCUUAUCACCCCGAUCACUUCAACUGUGCAAACUGCGGAAAAGAGUUAACUGCCGAAGCCCGAGAACUGAAAGGAGAACUGUAUUGCUUGCCAUGCCAUGAUAAAAUGGGCGUUCCCAUUUGUGGUGCUUGCCGACGGCCAAUUGAAGGGCGCGUAGUCAAUGCCAUGGGCAAGCAGUGGCAUGUGGAGCAUUUUGUAUGCGCCAAGUGUGAGAAACCAUUUUUGGGUCACCGUCACUAUGAAAGGAAGGGAUUGGCUUAUUGUGAGACGCACUAUAAUCAGCUUUUUGGUGAUGUUUGCUACCACUGUAAUCGUGUGAUUGAAGGUGAUGUUGUAUCUGCUUUGAAUAAAGCUUGGUGUGUUAACUGUUUCGCCUGUUCAACCUGCAACACCAAGCUGACACUCAAAAACAAGUUUGUGGAGUUUGAUAUGAAGCCUGUUUGUAAGAAAUGUUAUGAAAAAUUUCCUCUGGAGCUGAAGAAAAGACUGAAGAAACUGGCUGAAAGUGCUGGACGGAAAUAAGGAAACUAAAGAUUAACAGUCAAUUUUCAUUAUUUUCAAAUUCAAAUUUUAUUUUUAAAAACAGUAAAACUCAGAUAAUCCACUUAAGGAUUACUCCAAAACCCUGUUUGGCUCACAGGGACCCUGGUCUCUCUGCUCCCUUUUAAAAUCAUUAGAGCUUCAUUUCCUGUACUCCCUUUAAACUCACUGGCUUCCUUGAAUAUUUAUUAUUCCCACUGUAGCAUCUUAAAAAUAAAUUAGAGAUUUUGGAGUAGUAACAGGAAUCCUGUCCAAUUGUCCUAAGAACCUGCUUGUUCAGUCCUACUGAAGUCCCAAAUGUGCAAGAUUAAGAAAUUUUACUGUAUAUUGUGACCAGUUAUUAGAUUAUUAUCCUAAAUUCAAAUUAUUUAAAUGUAAAGUUAUCAUGGAAGAUCUGCUUUGAUUUUAACUUUGCAGAGUCGUAUCUAUUUGUUCAAUUUAUUACUUUAAAAAACAAGUAAUCCAUAUUCAAAGGUUGCUCCCAUUUAAGUGGUCUAUUUGCGUAUUUUAUUCUUCCCUGAUUCUGAAGCGAUUACAAAUAUUACAAUAUUGCAGCUACGUGUUCCCUCCUACAUCUGUUUUGCUACUGGUGAGACUUGAGUUUGUUGAAUAUACUGGAAAAACCUAAAUCUCACUACUCUGACAUAAAAAUGACACAUGACACCAUGUUGCCAUCUCUAAAAGUAGUGAAUUGGAUUGUUUUUCUAAAAUGGUACUAUGUUUUCUAAAUGUUUGGUACAUGCUUUAAGCCUCCAUUUGCAUGGCCAGUAAAUGAAAAUACAAAAAAAAUUACAGCAGAAUGAAUUAAUAUGUGAUCUGUUCAUUCAUGAAGAAACAAGGCUUAUGAUUUGGCAAAUCAAAAUGUCUAGAUGCAAUUUAAAAAGCUUUGAUUUGCAGAAUGUAACAAUAUUACUUAAUAUAUUUACUGUGCUUACACUACAUCAAAUCAGUGCUUCUUUCAAUCCACUAAAGUAAAUGAAUUUAUUGACUUAUAGACAUGAGAUGCAAAUUAAAGUAAGGCACAGUGUACAUUCUUUCAUUGUGUACUCUGCUAGAUAUAUGGGUUGGUAGCUUUCAAAAAAUAUUUUAAUCUUCACUAUUUUUAUCCAGUUUUGUAAUCAAUUUAAGGAAUCAGUUACAAGCCAAUGAAUCAUUGUGAAAUAACUGGAAAAUAUGCAUGAAUGCUUGUAGUCAGAAACAAUGACCAACUUCAGAAUUUAUGGAUUAUUCAUUUGGUAAAAUUUUAUUUUGAAAACUGCUAUGAUAAAGUAAAACAAAACCUAAAUAUUUGAAGCAGAUGUUGAUUAACAUCAACUGUCAUGUAAUGGCUUCCUUGUAUAUUCUGACUUUUUUCUCACAUGUUAAUAUAAGAUGCUGUAACAACUGCAGUACUUAUUAAUUAGUUCUGUUUGCAUGUUUUAAAAUUGUACAAUUUAUUGCUUUUUUUUUAACAUAUUUAGCAUGAUAAAUACUAUAAUAGAACUCCUAAGAAAUAAAUUCAAUUGUUUCUGUACAUGUACUUGAAAGCAAAACUGAUCAACUACUACAUUUAUGUUUUUACUGCUUUGUGGGAAGUAUAUUAAACUGUCCAUGUAAAUUUAACUGCUGAAAGAAAUUGGACUGUUAGAUAUACAGAACAUUUGUUCUUCUGCCUCACAAUUGUAAGUGCUUUGAAUACCACAUUAGAUACAAAACCUUGUACUAUUUUAUAAAGUUUAAUGCAAGUACCAAAACUACUGGACAUGCUAUCAGUAUGUAGCAACUUCCUUCUGUUUUUUAUUCAGUUGAACGUAUUAAUUGUAAUAAAUGCUGGUGCUACAUAAUGGGAUGCAGUAAAUUGGAAAAUAAGUUCAUCUCAAUAAUUAGUUUUCUAACUGCUGACAUGCAUUCUAGUGAAGUAGUUACGUCAUGAAACAUCAUCAGAGCAUUAAUUCCUUGAAAACUAAGGAUAUUUGUCCAGUUGAGUGUUUGGGGAAGUGUAUACUGAAUUUAUUUUCUCAUUAAAGAAUGUAUUUUUUUUUGUGUAUCACCAUGCAGUAUCCCAGUAUUCAGUAUUAUGUAAUAAAAUAUAUAUGUGAGUUGUU